AUGUCAGAUUCCAAUUCUUCGGAGGUUUUCGAUGAAUCCCUCAGUUCCAAAGUAUUCGAUAACCCCCAUCUACUCGAAAUCAUUGUCAGAAAUCUAACCUGGAAUUGUGAGAUAAUUAAAAGAAAUCAUCGGAAAAUCAAAAUAGAGUUUAUCGGAUUAGCGGAGAGAAGUGUGGGAACUGCAAAGGAUUGGAUUUAUAUCAACUAUCGGAAAAUAAAGAAAUCAAUAAUUCCCGGAUAUUUCAAUUUUCUUAACAAAGUGGUUGGUGUGAAAGUAGAAGAAAUCAUCACAAAGUAUAUGUGGAGGGCAACAGUAGCGUUUUACAAAUACUUACAUGAUAUUAUUUACUCCCAUUUGAUUGGUGAUAAUAGCGAAAGUGUCCGCAGACUGAUCGGACUGGAAGAAUUGUGUAAAGGAUGUGUGAAAUGCGCGGAUAUGGCAAGUCGAUGUGUGGAGUAUGGACCAUUAAGACUAAUUGAAUGUAUUGCCGACUACUGCACACUAAAGUCGAUUACAAAAAAGAAGUGUUUCAAACGUUUGAAUAACAUCAUACGACCCUCUAUUUCAUGUGACACACUGGUUCUGUGGAUAAGUGAAACAAGAGAAUGCUACAUUAAUGGGGUUCGGAAAAGUGCUCAUUUCCCAAUGCCACGAGAAGUAUUGGAUGUCAUGAUAAGAAAAUGGAAUGUCAAAUCUGUGAAGCUGAACAUGAUAUGUAGGACGCCAGAGUUUCAAUGUAGUGAGAAAUGGGUAGAUGCAGGAUACUUCACGAAGAUCAAGGUGAAUGGUCCAUAUUGGAAAACGGGUCAAUCCAAUCUCAAAAUCCACCAUGUUUCCGUCAGAGUAUUAGAAUCAUACGAUUGUGCUCGUGGACUAAUGCAGCGUAACCCGGAAACGGAGGAAGAGAAGAUUUAUGAGAACUACAUUGCAAAUCUCCGGAGACUAUUCCAAAUGGACAAAAUAUCGAUUGAUUUCGGUCACUGGAGACAUAAAUACAGUGCUAGUUUGGAACAAUUCAUGAAGAAUAUAUUGAGAGUGAUUCAACUGGAGAAACAACGGAAACUCGAAGUGAAUAUUCAGUUUUUCACCGAGAUUUGCAGUUUUAAAGUGGGAAAUUCUGAAGAAUUGGCUGAAAUUCCAUCAGAAUACUCGUUGCUCAGUGAUCGAGUGGAAUGUAUCCGAAUGUUUGUUCCAUUUGAAAUUGUCGAAAGUGGUCCAGAGAGAUUGAAUAUGAUUAAAUGGGUUGGGAGACGAUUUCAGGUCAAGGAUAUGGAUAAUCAUUUCACACUCAACUUGAAUAUUUAUGUGAAGGAAACAGAGUUGAGGGAGUUGGAUAACGGAUUGAUGCAGACACAUCCGAAUAGUUUGAUUGGAGUGUUCUUGCAACUGGCAUCAUAA